UUCAGGAAAGUCGAGAAUAUCCGUAUCUCUAAUACGGUAUCAUACAAUGUCACUAUGAUAGAAGUCUUUUAAAACAGUCAUGGCAUCAGUCAGUAAGCCACUUUUUGGUAAAAUUUCUCAUGUUGAUUGCUCAAAAAUAGCGCAUCCGUGGAGUGAUCAUUGUGGAAAUGGAUUUCUUUAUAUGUGGUGGUCUUCUUUCAAGGGAUCGGCGAAAUUCCUUCUUAUCAUUUAUGUGGCUCAAUAUCUAAUGAAGAGGAAAAAACUCACAAUAGAACAAAUCAGAGAAACACUGUUACAUUAUUUCCGUGAAUCACUAUUUGGUGCAUGCAUGGGAUCCACCUUUGUAACCUCCAUGUGCUUCUUCAGGAACAGUCUCCAGAGAUUCAACUACUACACAUUGGCCCUGUUGCCAGCUUCUCUGGGAGGAAUAGCAAUUUUCCUGGUGGAUUCUUCUAGAAGGGGAUUCUCAACAACAACAUUUCAGUACUUGGCUUUAGAAGCAAUCUACAAAUAUCUACAGAGGAUUGGUGUUGUUACCAACUCAUCUCUCACAGAAACCUUGGGAUUUAUGGCAUGCAGUUCGUGUCUGCUGUAUGUGUUGAGAGCCGGACAUCACCACAACCUCCGUACAUUGAUGUGGUCAGCAACUCAUUCAUAUUUGCAAUUCAUUGAUGAAAAAACAGAGAAACAAACAUCAUAUUUUGCAUACUUAUACAUUUCAAAUAGUAAUUGCAAAAGAGUCUUGUUCGAUCUCCCAUCAAAAAUUGUUAUUUCUUUUUUAAUGGUUGUUAAACCAUUAAAUAUUUACUAA